UUAUUACACAAUAUGACUAUGUAACGAUCUUACAUUUUAAAAUUCUAGCUGUUGCUUGAAAAAAGUAAACGGAUAUGAAACUAUUAGUAAUAAGACGUACACAUUAUUGGAUAUGUUUUCUCGUUUUCUUCCUCAUGAUAGAAAAGGUCGCGGAUACGGACCAAAUUUCACAAAAGUCAGACCAAAACGAGGAAAUAAAACAUCCCAAUGGCUUCAACGGCUGGAGUGAAUGGUCAAAAUGUUCUGCUACAUGCGAUGCUGGUGAUCAGUUUCGAGAAAGAACAUGCAAUAAAGAAACAAGUAACAUCGAGCUUCACUGUAGCGGACAUAAGGCGGAAACCCGGAAGUGCUUAUUAAAAAUUUGUGAAGACAGCAGUGUGUUUGAUACCUGGACACCAUGGACAGUUUGUUCUGUGAGCUGUGGCGGAGGUGUACAAUCUCGAGAAGGUGUAUGUUUAAAGUCAGGAAAUACUAACAAGACAUGUCACAUACAAGAAACUUUUACCGAAACUCGACGCUGUAACAUUUACCAAUGCCCUGUGGACGGCGGUUUCACUGCUUGGGGCGUAUGGUCAGAUUGUUCAGUUACUUGUGGUACAGGACUUCAAGAGAGAGCCCGACAGUGUGAAAAUCCACGGCCUUCCAAUGACGGUAGAAUCUGUAUUGGAGCCAGGAAAGAAGCUAAGAAUUGUUUGAAGAGGACAUGUAAAGACGACGGAAACAGUUCGGAUAAUUUUGAAGACAAUCUAAUGAUCAUACUCAGCGUUGGGUUUGGGUUGGUUGUGGCAGUUUUGGUGUGUGUAACUAACAGGACUCUAAGAAAGAGGUGUAAAAGGAACAAUCCGGAGCUACCACUUGUUCCAAACGAAGAGCAGAAUCUUCCCGAAAACGGUGACGCUCCAAAUGUAUCAACUAUUCAUCGUAGUGGAGGAGGCGGUUUAGUUCCCACCGAAAACGGUGACGCUCCAAAUGUAUCAACUUUUCAUCGUAGUGGAGGAGGCUGUUUAGUUCCCACCGAAAACGGUGACGCUCCAAAUGUAUCAACUAUUCAUCGUAGUGGAGGAGGCUGUUUAGUUCCCACCGAAAACGGUGACGCUCCAAAUGUAUCAACUAUUCAUCGUAGUGGAGGAGGCGGUUUAGUUCCCACCGAAAACGUUGACGCUCCAAAUGUAUCAACUAUUCAUCGUAUUGGAGGAGGCGGUUUAGUUCCCACCGAAAACGGUGACGCUCCAAACAGAUCAAAUAGACAUCGUAGUGGAGGAGGCGGUUUAAUUCCCUUCGAAAACUUUGACGCUCCAAAUAGAUCAAAUAGACAUCGUAGUGGAGGAGGCGGUUUAAUUCCCCUCGAAAACGUUGACGCUCCAAAUAGAUCAAAUAGACAUCGUAGUGGAGGAGGCGGUUUAAAUACCCUGGAAAACUUUGACUGUCCGAAUAGAUCAAAUAGUCAUCGUAGUGGGGGAGGCGAUUCAAUUCGGUUUACAAGUGUUCGAGGCGAUUCUUCCGAAUCCGCAACAGACGCUCCGAAUAGAUCAAAUAGUCAUCGUAGUGGAGGAGGCGAUUCAAUUUUCCACGAAAACUGUGACGUUCCAAACAUAUCAAAUAUUAAUCGUCGUGGUGAAGGAGGCGAUUCAAUUCCCCUCGAAAACUUUGACUGUCCGAAUAGAUCAAAUAGUCGUCGUAGUCCGCGAGGCGAUUCAAUUCCCCUCGAAAACUGUGACGUUACAAACAUAUCAAAUAUUGAUCGUCGUAGUGGAGGAGGUGAUUCAAUUCUCCUUGAAAACUGUGACGCUUCGAAUAGAUCAAAUAUUCAUCGUAGUUGGGGAGGCGAUUCAAUUCGGUUUACAAGUGUUCGCGGCGAUUCUUCCGAAUCCGCGACAGACGCUCCGAACAGAUCAAAUAGUCAUCGUAGUUGGGGAGGCGAUUCAAUUCGGUUUACAAGUGUUCGAGGCGAUUCUUGCGAAUCAACGACAGACGCUCCGAACAGAUCAAAUAGUCCUCGUAGUUGGGGAGGCGAUUCAGUUCGGUUUACAAGUGUUCGAGGCGAUUCUUCUGAAUCCACGACAGACGCUUGAUAUGAAAGAGUAAAGAUUUAUGUGUGCUAUUCCUAUGACACGCAAUGCUUCAUUUAAAAGUGUUCAAUUUUGUAGAAUUUUAUAACAGAACUGUUACUUUCAGUGACUAAACAGAAAUAAAAUAUAUAUCUUGUCUUACUUCUAUAAUCAUAUCUUUGCAUAUGAUUCGUCUAUAGUGGACAGAUAAAUCAUAUCAAAGCAUAGUUGGUAACCUUUUUGUGUUUCUAAUACUGUACAAAAUAACUGAACAUUUAGAAUUAAAUUUCAGACAUUUGUUUCCGGUCCGAUCAAUGAUUAAUAAUUCCGGUGUUAAAACAAUAUCUGUAAGCUGUCACAAAUACUAUUAUUUUAAUAUUUCACGAUUGUUUUAUAUAAUGACCAACUGAAGAUUGUAUGGGAUCAUACCUGCUAUAAACUGCUAUCACAAUUUGCAAUUACUUUCUGUUUAUCAAAACUCUUGUGUUCAGGCGAUGCAUCCACUUUAAAUUUGACGAUACUAUUUAUUGAUUUUAUGUCGCUCUUGAACUAAAAAAUAUAGUCAGCCUUACGAUUGACUAGAACCGGUGCUUCAUCUGUUUAUGAAAUUUCCACUACGAGCAUGUCGCUAUAAUAAAGUACUUGCUUAUCAACUUUUAUCAUAAAACUGCUUGAUCAAUUUCAGUUAUUCUGUUAAUACAAGAAGGAAAUUGAUAGGCCAUGCCCAGAUCCAGGACCGGGCCCGUGCCCCCCCCCCCCCCCCCUUUCCCUCCCCAUGUCGGCUAAGAAAUGACAUAUACUCAUCAAAGUUGCACCUAACUAUUUUUGCAAAUGUGAAUUAUAUUUUCCCAAAAUUUACACCCAAAAAUGCAACAGAAUCCACCAUUUCAUACCCAAAUUUCAAAAGUUUCCAGGAGGAGACCCCCACCUGACAGGGGAACAUUACCCACUCUCGUACCUCAAAAUUUAGACCCAAAAAUGCACCAGAGUCCAUCAUUUCAUACCUAUAUUUAAAAACUUUUCAGUGGGAGAGCCCGUCUAACAGGGGAGGAUUACACUCCCCGUACCUCAAAAUGUAGCCCCAAAAAUACACAAGAAUCCAACAUUUCAAACCUAUAUUUCAACAAUUUGCGGGAGAGACCCCCAUCUAAAAGGGAAGGAUUACCCCCUCCCGUACCUCAAAAUUUAGACCCCAAAAUGUACCAGAGUCCACCUUUUCAUACCUAUAUUUCAAAAUUUUCUAGGGGAGACCCCAUCUAACAGGGGAUGAUUACCUCCUCUCGUACCUCAACAUUUAGACCCCAGAAUGCACCAGUCACCAUUUCAUACCUAUAUUUCAAAGAUUUCCAGAGGGAGACCCCUAUCAGGUAGGAUUAUUCAUCAGAAAUGCACCAGAGACCACAAUUUCAUACCUUUAUUUAAAGAAUUUCCAGGAGGAGACCCCCCUGACCAUCAAACAUGAGUGGGGUGUCCCCUACUGUAACCCCCAUUUUUGGCGCUAUGCCCCCAAUAAAAUAUUUCUGGAACCGGGCCUGUAGGCGAUAUAUAUUGUGUCAUUUUCUCCAUGAAACAAACUCCAUAGAUACAUUGUGUAUGUCUAACUAUACAAUAAAGUAACUCCACAUAUUAGUAUUAGUGGUGUUAUGCAAAUGGUGGAUUGCCGUUCACUUUAAACAAUUUCCUGUCUUUUCCUUUAGACUCUGACAAAGCAUCCGGGCUGCUAUGAUUUAACAGUUGUCCUAUCAAUGGUAGAACUUUGGAGUUAUAUUUAUUUGUUUAAGAAUAUACUGAAAUUUAUGUUCAUUUAUUUGGAACUGUUGUGAAUACUCUGAUGAUAUUGACACAUAUUUUUUAAGUGGAGGAAAUUUCAGAAUUGAUGCAUUAUUAUUGUAUUAUAACUUUUUUAAUUGUAGAAGUUUAUUAAUAGACAUAUUAGAUCUUUGUAGUUGUGAAUGCGAGUUUAUGAGUAAACUUAGAUUUUAAUAGAUUUAUUAAACUGGAA